UCGAGAUCACGGCGAUGCCCAGAAAGGAACGCGAUUUCAACACAACCAGAAAUAUUAUUUAUUCCACUUCACACUGCCUUCCUGCAGUCCUCCACUUCAGGAGGUCCUCUUAUGUGUGAUGGCGAAAUGUGAGACUCGGUGUACUGACAGUGUUGUCAAAUAAAGCAGUUAAUGCGGUCCAAUAAUGGAGAACAUGGCGGAGGCGCUCAGUGCAGGAGGCAUCCAUGGGGAGGAAAGCGAGUGCAAAAUAUGCUACAACUACUUCGAUUUGGAGCGCCACAGUCCCAAACUGCUGAGCUGCUCCCACACCUUCUGCCUGGAAUGCCUCGAAACGUUGCACUUCCGGGAGGGUCGGGGCUGGAGAAUCGUUUGUCCCGUGUGUCGCCACCGAACUCCUUUACCGGAACGUCGGGUUCGCAACCUCCCCGACAACACAGCUCUCACCGAGGAGCUCUCGCACAAAAAGCGGGAGCCCGAGGACUCAUUAAACGCGGAAAGGCUGCCGGGUCUGCCCGCCUCUCUUGCGACCUCCACGGAGACCGGCCACAGCGGAUGGGAGGCGUGCAAACACGUUGCAUUCAAGACCAGUUGCGUGUGCGCCAUCUUCUCCUUCCUCUCCACGCUGCUGCUCCUGUUUCUGGGCCUCGUCUUUGUGCAUAACCUCAGCCACAUCAGGUCGCUCGUCCCUGUCUGCUUGUCUGUUGCCAGCAUUCUUGCCCUGUUCUCGCUCAUCCUGACUUGGUUAGCCUGCAUGCUUUAUCAGCCUGAAACCGAGGCAAGCGACUCAGUUUAUCUCAAUAUCACGUGAUCACCCGGAUACACCAACAAAACCCAGCCUGUUGAGAACUAUUCAAAGGGAAAUGGUUAUCAUUUUAUUUUUUCAGAGUGAUUAUAAAUCCCGUAUGGCACUUUAGUAAAAGGUAUGUUUGUGGAUAAUUGUAAUAACAUCAGUAAACGGUGCACAAACUAUGUUUGAACUUGUGCAGACUCUUUGCCACACUGUCAUGCUUUACUGGGACACUUUACCUAAACAGAGCCAUUAAUAAUAACUUAAAAUUUAAAGCAGGCUUUAGCUUAGCGUCCCAAGGUGCAUUGAAACAGCUGUAUGAGUAAAGCUAAUGGGACAUGACAGAAUUAUUCCUAUCUUCUGUGCCCGUUUACCUUAAAACUACCUCUGUGUGAUUACACUGACUCCCCAUGGUGGGCCGGGGCAGCAGCAGGGGAACCCAGGUCAGUCACCCUGGGGGGAAAUGGGCCUUAACAAGAUGAGAAAAAUAACUUUGGGGUUGGGGGCCUAAAUAAGUAGUUUUUUGAAGUGAUGACACAAUGGAAGUGCAGGCUGUCUUAAAUAACCUGAUGGGGGUUCAGUUAUCUUUAUCAAAUCAUUAAAAUCAUGCUUAGAUGGUUUUUAGAGCAAGUGUUUUAUUGGAUUUUUGUGGAUUUGUUGCAUGUAUUUGCUGUGUCUCAUCAUCAUAAGAACAGCAGCACUUUCAGUGCACUGGGUUUGGGUUAUUAAAUCCAUCCUGAUCAAGGAGAUGACUCCAUUUGGUUUGUGGUAUUUGCUGAAUCCCAGUAACACAGUAGGCAUUUAUAUCCACUUAGUGUUGUUUUAAGAGGCGACACUGGUCUCUGGAGUUAAAAUCCAUCUCUUUCAGGUCUCUCAAAGGAACUCCUUCAUUUGGUCAUCCGGUCAGUGAGUAAUACCACUUAAGUGCCACCAUGACAAAAGCCUGAGGAGGAAAAAAAAAGAGGGAUAGCAGGCUUCCACUGGGAGCCAUAGGCAACAGUGUGUCUGGGGCAGAGGGCUUCAUUUCAUGGGGACUGUGGGGCUUAAAGUUAAAGAUUACUUUGAAAUCUGCAUCCCCUGCCAUCAAACUCUCCCACCAUCUCCCACCCUCCCUCCAGCCAUCACUCCCACUCCCGAAAAAUAAAAAGCUGUCGCUACAGAGCAGGGGAUGAGUUGAGAGCAGAUCCUCUUUGAUGACAGAGAAGGAUCCUUUUGUUCUCUAAUCCCUACACAGCACACACACACACACACACUCCCACCCUCCUCUUCCUUAUAUGUCCAACUAGAUAUCAGAG